AUCAAAUCAAUACUUUGAAUGGAGACGGAAAAUAAUGUUUUUCAAUAUGACUGUGUUGUUGUUACAUGUAUCAUUUGUGGAUCGGAGACAUAUUAGCUAACUUGAGCUUAAUUGACAUUCAUAAUAAGGUUUGAGGUGUACAUUGUCGCAAUGACUAUUGACUCGAAAGUUAAGCGAAGCCAGUCGAUGUGGAUGUUAGAUCGACAGAACACGUGGUUUCCAACGUCAUCAGCCACGUCAUCACCUCCGUCACGUGCUUCAUCUGACAUCAAUAUAUCUAACGCAUGUUACCGAGAAAGCACCAAGAAUAUAAUUCGGAAAUUCAGGAAACGCGAUCGUAAGGAACGGAAAGUAACGAGCUGGUCGUCGCGUUUCACGUGUGCGCCGUGUCUGUGCGGUGACGUUGACGCGGUGGACAGCCAGGGGCGGUCACUCUUGUUCUACGCGGCACGGUAUGGUCAGGUGGACACGGCGCAACAGCUAGUGGAUGCGGGGUGCGUCGUGGACCAGGCGGACUUCUUGGGCAUCACGCCCCUGCACGAGGCUGUGGACAAGGGCCAGCUAGAGAUUGCGGAGAUAUUCCUGAGAGAUGGCAAAGCUGACGUGAAUGUGACGGGCUGUAAUGGAGAGACGCCGCUAAUGAUCGCGGUCACUCAGGGUCACACAGACGCUGUCAAGCUGCUCCACAAAUACGGGGCCGACAUAAACGUGCGUGACAUGACUGGGUGUUCCCCGAUCUACCGGGCACUACAAAGAGGCUGGGAGGAACUUGCUGACUUCCUAUUGGAUAACAAAUGUGACGUCAACACGACGACAGCCAAUGGAAUGACUUGUUUUUUUGCGGCUGCGCAUUCAAACAAAAUCAACGUUGACCACUUCACAAAACGUUUCCUUAAGACAGGUUACGAUUUCAAAAAGGACAGCGAAUGGCUAGAAACUGAAGGGUGUCCAGUCACAAUCAAAGACUCUAGACUGCAUCGCAAAGUGCUCAUGAAGGCUGGUCAGGACGGUUCAUCAAAACGUAAUUCUCUACUGAGUUCGGGAAAACGGAAAAUAAUGAAAACACUUCGAAGCAUUUCCACAUCAUGACUAACAGUGGAAUUUGAUUUCGAUUGAAUGGGAAUUAUGGACAUGGAGACACUCAGUCAUGACACAUAGUCAGUGUAUCAACGCUUGGUUCCGAUAUCUAGCCUGCAUUUUUACGAGAGUUUAAGAAUAAAUAGUCUUCCAACUAUGUUAGAAUCACUCUCGUCUGGUUUCGUUAUAGAAACAACAGUGCUUGCUAACCUAACCCUGUUUUGUUGCGACAUAUGAACGUACAUGUUAUGGCUACGGACACAAAAGUUAAAAGUUUCCUAGAACACAUAUUUAUUGUAGAGAAGUCGGCAUAUACGAGUAUGAUGGCAGUAAUAUUACACACACUCAGAUGGCUCAAUGUCUACAAAGCAAGACUAUUUCGUUUAUGUCAGUUACAAACAUGAUUUCCUUUCCUAUCGUUUCUAGCCAUCUUAAUGGAAUUACUCUCGAAAUCAUAAAUAAAUCAGAGUGUUUCUCUUUGUUUUAACAUUUGUUUAUGAAAGUAAGAAAACAUCCCACACAACAUCAUA